AUGUACAAACGAGAAAUCAUUAAACAAACAGUAAAUAAUUGCACAUUUCAUAGGAAGGCAAUCAUUGGAAAUUGGAUCAUGACGAGAUUUAUUCCACCAUUUUCACUCUUUAACAAUUAUUCCAAUGGUAGUAUUAAAAGUAAUAAUAAUUGUAUGAUGAUGAUUAAUUCAUCAUCAGUGUCAUCUUUUCAUACCUCACUCUCUCAUCACUAUCAAAAGGGAAAAGUUGUGAAACCAAUUACAAUUCUCAUGAUAAAUGAUGUUUAUGAAAUUAAUGAAUCACAGGAGGAUGGAGUUGGUGGAUUUAUUGGAUUGAAUAGAAUUAUAAACAAACUUCGUAAUGAGGAGAAGGCUAAGGGACAUCCAACCAUUGUUACUGUCAAUGGUGAUUUCUUAUCUGCUGGAUUAUUAUCAAAUUCUUAUAAGGGAAAGCAUAUGGUAGAUUUGUUUAAUAUUUUGGAGAUUGAUUUGUGUACUAUUGGUAAUCAUGAUUUUGAUUAUGGAUUGGAUGUUUUAAUUGAAAGAGUGAGACAAUCUAGAUUUAAAUGGGUCUGUUCAAAUGUUGAAUUAUUGGAUCCAAAAUUAAAAACAUUGUGUGAAGUUGGAUGUAAUUGUCAAGAUGUUGAACCACCAAAGAAUGUCAUCUUUCAUAGAAAGCAUAUUAUGGAUUAUGCAAUUAAUGGAACCAAUUUGAAAGUUGGAUUUUUUGGAGUGCUGACUGAAGCAACCAAGCAUUUAACAGGUGGAUUGAAGAAUGAUUUAGAUAAAAUUGUGAUUCAUCCUUAUUUGGAUGUUGCAAAAAAGAUGGUUUUUGAAUUGAAGCACAUUGACAAGUGUGAUUUGAUUAUUUGUAUAUCUCAUUUAGAUAUGGAGCAAGAUAUGGAAUUGAGACAUACUCACUUUCCUUAUAUUGAGAUUUCCAAUACGAAUAACACUCUUAUUGUAAAAUCAGGUUCAGAUGCAAAAUAUGUUGCCAAGAUGAGUCUAGUUGUUGAAAAGACUGACUCCUCAUCAGCCAUGCAAAAGAAUAAUCAAUUUGAUUCCACAAUUUAUGUAGACUCUGUUGGUUUGGUACAAAAUCGUGAAUCCAAUGAAGUUGAACUUCCACACGAUGAUGAAUCAGAUAUUCGUAUGAGGAAUAUGAUUGAUUACUUAAAUUCACAAAUUCCACAGGAUGCCUACAAUGUUUUGGCAAUUUGUGAAACUCCAUUAAGUUCUUCUACCAAUAUUUGUCGAAGUAGAGAAUCAACAUUUGGUAACUUUUUAUGUGAUGUAUUACAAGAUUGUUUUGAUUGUGACAUGGUUUUAUUCAAUGGAGGCGGUAUAAGAGCAGACAAGACCUAUGCUGUUGGAUAUCAUAUUAAGGUUAUUGAUAUAAUGAGAGAAUUACCUUUAAUUAAUGAAAUUAUUAAUAUUUCCAUUAAGGGAAAGUAUAUCAAAAAAAUAGUGGAAUUGAGUUUAGCUCCAAUUGAUAGUUUAGGAACACUAGGAUCAGGAUUAUAUCCACAAGUAUCUAGAACUGUUAAAAUUGAAUAUGAUAGAAAGAAGAGUCCAGGAAAUAGAAUUGUUUCAUUUACUAUUAAUGGAGAACCAAUUCAGGAUGACAAGUAUUACAAAUUGGUGACAACUAAUUAUCUAAUUGAAGGUGGAUUGGAUGGUGAAAAUUGGCUGAAAUCAUAUACUUACGAUAAUGCAGAUGGUAUUCUUGUAAAUGCAAAUGAAAAAUACCAUCGUAAUAAUUUUGUUCACAUUCUAAAAGAAGAAUUACCUAAAAUUGGAAAUAUUAUUUCAAGAAUUGAAAAUAGAACAAGAGAUAUCAAUAAUCCACUCAAUGAAAAUGAAACUGACUAG